CGAUGUACUAGAGAUGGCAGUAUAUCAGUAUAGAGUGUUCACCACGAAUCCUAAGGUAUCCUUUUAGUAUUUGAUAUCCAGACGCCGACCCCUGAUCCACUUCAAGGGCGGUCUAACUAGGUAUAAACCACGUGAUCCCUGACAUAAACUAACUAUAUAUAGAAAUAAGACACCUCAGGCCGCAAGGACCACCAACAUCUUAUCGUGUCGAUCCCCCGUUUUCCCCUCUCUUGGGUUCAAGUCCGUUGCAACUCUCAGCUCUUGAAGGCCUCCAUAUCCAGACGGUGCUGCGCGCUGCUGGUUCCGUUGAAAUCCUCUCAAAACAAGAAUACGUGCCAGGGGUUUAAAUAAGACAGCUCGUCUUCCCAUAUUAGAAAGUUUUUAUAAUCCUUCAACACAUUAUAUUCCCUUAAACAUGGCGAGCCCGGCCCAGUGCUUUUAUUGCUUCGAGUGCCUUUCUGCUUCUUUUGAGGACCGUGAACAUGCCGAUCUCGAGGUCAUAGAAGAACUCUGGGAGCAAUACGAACAGAUAAAGAAACUCGCUGCCAUUGAGGGAAAUAAUGAGUCUGUCUCUAUUGGGGAGGACGGCAAGCGGGGCCAGCAGGCAGUGCCCAAUGAUGAUGAUGGCAGAUCCACCAGCACGUAUAAUCGCCCUGGAGCUCUUAGGCUUCCCAGCAUCAACCAUCUCCAGUCAUCUUCUGAAUCCUCAAGUGCAGCUACUACGCCUUCGUUGGCUUCUAACUCGUCUCAAUCCAUUUCCUCUUCUUCUACCACCCUUACCACUCCGACUCUUCAAUCCCCAGCGUCAGAGAUACCUAAGUUGGGGUUCCAGAAACGGAAGUAUCGGAGCCAUCCACUGUUUGUAACGUGGGACGUGUUGAAGAGAGGCAGAAAGUCGCUCCGUGGUUGCAUUGGCACAUUUGAAGCGAAGGAACUUUCUGAUGGCCUGAAGUCAUACGCUCUUAUUUCAGCCUUCGAAGACACUCGAUUCUCACCAAUUCCUGAGUCCCUUCUACCUUCUCUGGUCUGCUCUCUGACCUUGCUAGGAUCAUUUGAGCCAUGCACGGAUGCCAUGGACUGGAUUCUCGGAACGCAUGGGAUACGUAUAUCCUUUGUGCACCGCGGCAGGCGAUACGGCGCGACAUAUCUCCCAGACGUCCCAGUCGAACAGGAGUGGACCAAGGAAGAGACCAUAGAGAGCUUAAUGCGUAAAGCAGGUUGGAAUGGGGCUACCGGAAGUGUCGCCAGAAGACUCUUGCGGGGAAGUGAAUCAAACUCGGGGAAGCCAUGGGAACAGGUUUCAGAUUUCCGAGCUGUCAAGUACCAGGGUCUUCGUGCCAGUGCGACGUAUGUGGAGUGGCAGGAGUGGAGAAACUGGGUUCUAUCUCUGGAAGAUGGAAAGGAGAAGCUGUUGAACCCCUAAAGACGGGUGUGUUUCGGGGUAUCCAAUGGCAGUAGAAAUAGCUGGCCUAAGGGUUCACAUGAACGAUUUCGGAACGAUAUACGGUGUAUAUGGUGCUGGAUUUUCUCAAUCCGGGUGGGUUACGGCGUAAGGUGAUCGCGGGCACUCUUAUUUCUCCACUUUCCGGGCUUACUUAAAGUCAAUAGUUCAAUAGCUUCUAGACAUAAUAACGCAUUGCUCUUGUCCAACUUUGGCCC